UGGACAUGAUUCUUGGACAUGGUGCUUGGCCACACAUGAUGGACGUGGUGCUUGGACGUGGUGCUUGGACAUGGUGCUUGGACAUGGUGCUUGGUGCAGUGCUUGGCCAUACAUGAUGGACAUGGUGCUCAGACGUGGUGCUCGGACACGGUGCAUGGACGUGGUGCUUGGGCAAGGUGCUCUGCUGUGGUCUCAGUCAUGGUGUGUGGACAUGGUGCUUGACCACGGUGCUUGGACAUGAUGUAUGGACGUGGUGGACAUGUUCUCGGACAUGGUGCAUGGACAUGGUGCUCGGGCAUGGUGCUCAGCCAUGCACCAUGGAUGUGGUGCUCAAACAUGAUGUGUGGACAGUGCUUGACCGCAGCGCUUGGACCUGGUGCUCGGACCUGGUGCUUGGACAUGGCGCAUGGAUGUUGGUGCUCGGACAUGCUGGACAUUGGUGCUCGGACAUGGCGAGUGGACGUUGGUGCUCGGCCACGCACCAUGGACGUGGUGCUCAGGUGUAGUGGUGGGUGGACACGGUGCUCAGACGUGGCACACGGACACGGGUGCUCUGCUUGCUGCUUGGACUCGACUCGGUGCUUGGCCACGGUUCCUGGACCCGUGCUCGGCCGUGGUGCUCGGCCACGAUGGGAUUUGACCGCGUGUUGUGGACAUGGUGCUUGAGCGUGGCGCUCCACGGUGGUGCUCGGGCACGUGCGUGGACACGGUGCUCGGACACGGCGUGUGGACACGGUGUGGGCCGUGGGGCUGGGACACGGCGUGUGGACACGGUGGUUGGCCAUGGAGCAUGGGCAUGGUGCUCAGACAUGGAGCAUGGACACGGUGGCUGGGCACAGAACACGGACACGGUGGUUGCCCACGCUGCACAGGCAUGGAGCAUGGACAUGGUGGUUGGGCAUGGAGCAUGGACACGGUGGUUGCCCAGAGCAUGGACACGGUGGUUGCCCAGAGCAUGGACACCAUGGCUGGACACAGAGCAUGGACACGGUGGUUGCCCAGAGCAUGGACACCAUGGCUGGACACAGAGCAUGGACACGGUGGUUGCCCACGCUGCCCGGGCAUGGCACACAGCUCGGUGCUGCUCGGGCACACCCCUGGCACCGCCCGGCCGGGCCCGGUCCUGGCGCUGUUCCUCUUCAGCACCAACCUUGAGCAGCCAACCCCACCCUGCGCUCCUGGUGCUCAGCACCGCGCCAGCCCCAUGUCCAUCCCUGUGGCCAUCACCGUGUCCAUCUCCGUGUCCAUCCCGUGUCCAUCCCUGUGGCCAUCACCAUGUCCAUCCCAUGUCCAUCCCAUGUCCAUCCCUGCAUCCAUCCCCGUGUCCAUCCCUGUGGCCAUCACCAUGUCCAUCCCGUGUCCAUCCCGUGUCCAUCACCGUGUCCAUCACCGUGUCCAUCAUCAUGUCCAUCCCAUGUCCAUCCCUGCAUCCAUCCCUGUGUCCAUCUCUGUGUCCAUCACCGUGUCCAUCAUCAUGUCCAUCCCAUGUCCAUCCCUGCAUCCAUCCCUGUGUCCAUCACCGUGUCCAUCAUCAUGUCCAUCCCAUGUCCAUCCCUGCAUCCAUCACUGUGUCCAUCACCGUGUCCAUCACCGUGUCCAUCCCUGCAUCCAUCCCUGUGUCCAUCUCUGUGUCCAUCACCAUGUCCAUCACCGUGUCCAUCCCUGCGUCCAUCUGUGUGUCCAUCCUGUGUCAUCCCUGUCCAUCCUGUGUCCAUCACCAUGUCCAUCCCGUGUCCAUCCCGUGUCCAUCCCGUGUCCAUCCCGUGUCCAUCCCUGUGUCCAUCCCGUGUCCAGCCCUGCCCAGGCUCCCGCAGCUCCUCGCUCUCUCCGCGCUCCUCCCGCCUCUUUCGUUUCCCCUUCCCGGAUUUUUGGGUUGAUUUUCCUUUUUUUGGCGUUUCUUGGUGCUACUCCCCCCCGCGCCCCCAGCAGAUACCUCAGCCCCAGCCCGGGUGCAGCUCCUCCGGGAUCAGGGAUCCUUUCCCAAAUUCCUGGGAUCCUUUCCCAAAUUUCUGGGAUCCUUCCCCAAUUCCUGGGAUCCUUCCCCAGUUCCUGGGAUCCUUUCCCAAAUAUCUGGGAUCCUUUCCCAAAUUUCUGGGAUCCUUCCCCAAUUCCUGGGAUCCUUCCCUAAUUCCUGGGAUCCUUCCCCCAAUUCCUGGGAUCCUUUCCCAAUUCCUGGGAUCCUUUCCCAAAUAUCUGGGAUCCUUCCCCAGUUCCUGGGAUCCUUUCCCAAAUUUCUGGGAUCCUUUCCCAAAUAUCUGGGAUCCUUCCCCAGUUCCUGGGAUCCUUUCCCAAAUAUCUGGGAUCCUUUCCCAAAUUUCUGGGAUCCUUCCCCAGUUCCUGGGAUCCUUCCCCCAAUUCCUGGGAUCCUUUCCCAAAUUUCCAGGAUCCUUUCCCACAUUCUCGAGAUCCUUUUCCCUCCAUUUCCGAGAUCCUUUCCCGCAUUUCCAGGAUCCUUUCCCGCAUUUCCAGGAUCCUUUCCCGAAUUUCCAGGAUCCUUUCCCGCAUUUCCAGGAUCCUUUCCCGAAUUUCCAGGAUCCUUUUUCCUGAAUUUCUGGGAUCCUUUGGGGCUUUCCUCCUGCCUUGCCCUCCUUUUCCCGUUUCCAGCCGGGUUUUCCCAUUUCUGCGCCUCCUUCAGGGAAUUCCGACCCCGCCGCGAUUUCCCCGCUUGGGUCACGAGGAGGGGCCGUGGGAUCCUUCAUUUGGGAAUCAAAUUGGAUUGAUUUUAUUUUAU